UCCCUAUAUUUUCUUUGUCUUCUCAUGGUUGAAGUGCCUUUUUAUAGCUGGGUCCUGGCUUCAUAGGUUAUGUGUACAAUAGCACGACAUUCCCUCCUGCGUAAUAUACCACACCAUGUGUAAUUUCUAGCAUGCCCCGAUACUGGAAAAAAAAAGUGGUGCAUGAAAGAAGCUGAUGAAGAUGGUACCAGGCCUGUAUUACAAGUCAAUACCCCCCCAAGAUGUUGAGAACCAUUUUACCAACCAGAACUAUCGGUGUCAGAUUUGCUGUUAUUCUCCCUACCGCGCGUACCGGGUUCAAGCCAUCGGCGGAAGUAGUGGCCGAAUUGUUUCCAGCCUUGGAAAACGUCAAGCCAACCGAAUUGGCGGGUGCCACCAACUUCGGUAAGAGAAGCUAUUUUGUUGGCAAGACCAACAAGAAGAACUGGCCUGUAUAUGUCAAGUACCAGCACGAAACUGCGUACACCUGGAUCAGAAGAAUCAAGGGCGACACUGCCCAGUUCAAGGCCGAUUUGUUGAAAAACUUGCCGAAGAACAUGGCUCAGCAUGUCAAGCUCCAAACCACCUCCAACAAGAUUGUUAUCAAGGGUACCCACAAGACCACCUUGAACAAGUUGUUCAACAAGUACCUUUAAGUACUCUAUUCGCAUCCCCACCUGUCAAGGUGCUGUACCAUACAUUUACGAUUCCGGAGGCUCUGCCCAAUUUUUUUUUUUUUUGUUGGUCUCUACAAGAGAAAUCACUGUAUAUAGAAUCCAGCACGAU